GGAGGGGUACCCCAUUAUCAACCGCAGUUAACUUACAAAAAUUUUUUUUUUAUCAUAUUAGAUUUAAACGAAGAGACCUUGAAGAACGAAACAAAGAGUUGGAGAGAAAAAAUAGAAGUUUGGAAGAAUUACUAACCACUACGGCCAAUCAUAUUAAAAAUACUAGAAAUUCUAGUGAUGAAUUUAUACGUAAACCUUUAUUUAGAGGUGACUUGAACAAAGACGCACCAAGUAAAUGGGAUCUUUGGAUAGCAAUUGAUAAAAAUAAGGCUAUUGAACCUAUUAACGUAAAAGUGGAGAAAAAAAGCAUGAGCGAUGAAGAAUUUGAGAUGAUAUUGAGUUCUAUGCCUGGUAGUGUUGUAAGCGUGGCCGUGGAAGCUGGCGAUGGUAAAGUUGUUGAAGGAACCGAAAUUGUUGUAGUAGAAGCCAUGAAAAUGCAAAACAUAUUACGCGCUUCGCGUGCAAGUGAAGAAG